AUGACUCGCUUGGAGCUCAAGUGGCAGGUCACCACUGGCUCUAUUAUUGGGUCCAAUCUUGCUGCUACCUCCUCUGCCACUGCAUUUGUCACCAAAAGCCACGGCAACAGCAGCAAGCCUCGCAAGACCUGUUCGAACUGCAACAUGACUGGGCAUGAGAUUGCCGACUGUUUCCAGCUGGGUGGUGCUAUGGAAGGCAAGUGUGCUGAGGUUCUCACCACAAAAUGCCCUUGUCUCGACAAAGGGAAAUCCGGUGGCUCUAAGGUCCUCCAUGACCCCGAUGGCCGCAUGUUCAUGCUGUCCAAUACCGGGGACACUAUGUACAUCGACACUACUGCGAGCAUGGCAUCCUCUUCUGCAGCCAAGGCACCAUCCACAAAAUUUGCCAGCCUCACUGUCGACACCCCUGAUCCAGUCGACCUGUGGGCCUUUCCGACGCUCUCUCCGGCAGACACCUUCAAAUACAGCACCCUCACCAGAUCCCUCACCGAUGAAGACACUGCCUCUGUCGACUGGGGGCACCACUCGUCCACUGCGUCGGUUACUGCUCUUGCCACUGCCGCUCCUGCUGCUGCCGCUGCCCUUGGCACUGCUCCAUUCUUCUUCGACUUCAGUGCAUCUACCCACCUUUCUCCUUGCAAGGACAAUUUCUCUGAUCUUGUGGCCAUUGCUCCUCAUGGGAUCCGCGGCAUUAAUGGCUCUGUGAUCUAUAUGCAUGGUGUCAGCACCAUUGUCUUGGCCAUACCAAUUAUUGCACUGUCUCUGACAUGGCUCAGGCCGACCUUCUACCAGGGGGUGAACGAGCUAUGCAACAGUUGGGACUGGUGUAUGUGGACUUAA